GACAAUCCUUGUCACUCCGGUGGUUCCCGGGUCUCAGCCGUACUCACACAUUUUUGGAUCAUAUACUAGAGAAUCAUGGCGAUAGUUGAACUUAUCUUUGUGGCCUUCCUGCUGAGCAUAAUACAUAUAGUGCAACACUUCAGAAAAACUAUGUCUUAUUGGAAGGUCAGAGGCGUAAAGCAUAUACCGCCUCUUCCUGUUGUCGGCAACAUGUUAAGAGCCUUCAAGUUCGACAGACACUUUUUCCACGUAUACAAUAAGAUGUAUCACGCUUUUCCAGAAGAGAGGAUGGUUGGCAUGUACGAGUUUACGACGGCAACCUUAAUACUCCGAGACCCAGAACUUAUCAAGACGGUCCUCGUCAGCGAGUUUAGUACCUUCCCAGACCGUGGCCCAAUAAUGUUUAAUCCCGGGUGCAUACUCUACUGGAGUAUCUUCUCAUUAGGAGGAAAUAAGUGGAGGGCGAUAAGAAGCAAAUUGCUGACUCCUUUCACUACUGGCAGAUUGAAGCUGAUACUCCCUUCGGUUACAAGAUCAUGCUUAGAAUUUUUAGAGAGUGGUCCUAAAGAGUUGACUUUGGAUAUACUAAGGCAGUUGACACUGAGAAUUUUUUCGCAAACAAUGUUUGGUAUUGAUAUAAAAUCGGAAGAAGCCGAGUUCCUUGAAAACUACAGAGGGAUGUUGUCAGUUAGCAAGUCUAAGGUGGUGCAGCAAGUCGGCCUCACGUUCUUUCCACGCUUCAGUGACUUCAUGAGCUUCAAAUUUAUGCCGAUACAUUUGGAGAAAUAUUUCAGGUCUUUCCUCAAUGCUAUCCUAAACAAGAAGAUGGAUGAUAGCAGUUGGCGGGAUGAUGCCAUCACAAUACUAAAUGAAAUGAGAAAACGUGGAAAGGUACAUUUUCAUGACAAGGAGAAGGAUAUGGAAGAAUUAUUUGAUUUCAAUGAUGAAUUAGCGCAAGCUCAGGCUUUUUUAUUACUUUUUGCUGCACUCGAACCGUCGUCUAUUACAUUAAUGCAUUUAGCUUAUGACUUAGCGCAAUCGCCAGACUCUCAAAACAAAGCUCGUCAAGAAAUUAAAGCUCUGUUACAAAAAUAUGGAGGAUAUUCCUGGGAGUGUGUGAAAGAAAUGAAAUAUUUAAAUUGUUGUUUAAAAGAAACACUUCGUUUACAUCCUCCAUUACAAUUUCUAAAUCGAGUCUGUAACAAAGAUACAGAGCUUGGUGGUGUAAAACUUGAUAAAGGGACAAGGAUUGUAGUGCCUCUCCAAAAUUUACAUUUGGAUCCAAAUUAUUUUUCAGAUCCAAAGAAAUAUAAACCAGAGAGAUUUUUAGAUGAAAAAAUACAUCAAUUUAUUUAUCUUCCAUUUUCUGAUGGACCACGAAUUUGCCUUGGUAGCAGAUUCUUUAUCAUGGAAGCAUUGACACUUUUUGCUCACAUACUUGAAAAAUUUGAACUGUCUAUUAGUAAAGAAAUGAAAUUGCCAUUGAAAUACGAGCCUAUUACAGUGUUUCUAACCCCCAAAAUCAAUAACCCUGUAAUAAUUCAUUUAAAAAAAAUCAAUUGAAUUGAAUUUUUUAAUCUGUACAUUUUGUAAUUAGUUAUUUUUAAUUAUAUUUUUUAAAAAUUAGUUAACUAUUAUUAUUUCUUCUGUGAUUUAUUUUUGUUAUUGUAUAAAUGGUAUGAAUGAGUCUCACACAGCUCUAAUACUCAAAAUUAAGUCUAUGUGAAAUGUAUGUUAGUUUUUAUUUUGAAAAUUGUAAAUUUAUAUAUGUAUCCUUCCACAAUAAUUAAACAGUAAUCCACUAGCAAAAUUAAUAAAUAUCAAAC